AAUUUUCCUGCGCUGUCAUUCAAUUUGCAGGCAGUUCAGUUUUUGUGCUGUUCUUUUCGUCUACAGCAGCCAGAGCAGCAAUAAGUUUUCAUGUCAAAAAUGGUGAAUAACUCCAACAAUAAUAAGCCCUUCUGUCAAGAGAUGCGUAAAAUGGGUGGAUGCUUUAGUGGUGCCGCCAUUGUGAGCUCGGAUCUCGGUCAGAGCGGCGACAUUGAAUCGGAGAAUAGCGAGCACUUGCGUAGAAUUUUCGUUGGUGGAUUGUCGCUUAACACAACUGCUGAAACGAUGCGCCAUUUUUUCAGUCAAUUCGGCGAUGUGGCCGACGCCAUCGUUAUGCGUGAUCCAAUUUCGAAUCGCUCGCGCUGCUUCGGUUUUGUGACCUUUGUGGAGGCAGCGUCUGUUGAGAAUGUCCAGCGUACGCGUCCCCACAUUGUCGAUGGCAAAACCGUUGAGACAAAACGUGCCUUUCCACGCCAUCAGUUCAGCAAGAGUAUGGGUCAUCUGAGCAAUAUUAGAACGAAUAAGAUUUUCAUUGGUGGUCUCAGGGACUGCCACGAUGAGACCACGUUGCGAGAGUAUUUCGCACAGUUUGGCAAUAUAAACAGUGUCAAGGUGCUGCUGGACAAGGAGACCGGUCGUAUCCGUGGCUUUGGCUUCCUGGAAUUCGAGGAUAUAGCAAGCGCUGCACGUGCCUUGGGUCAAGGCAAACACUUGAUCGGUUGUAAAAUGGUUGAGGUGAAAAAGAUGUUUGAUACCAGCAAACGUUUGCGCCUGCCCAUUGGCGGAGCAGCUUGUGCCGGCUAUGGACCGCCACAGCCAACCACUGUGGAUGAUCCCGUCUACUAUCUAAACUAUGAUCCGUAUCAGGCGCAACACUCGUUGCCACCAUCGGCCUUCUUUAAUGGCUGGGCCUCGUACGUGGCACCCUAUGCGCCAGCACCGACCAUGAGCCAUGCCCGCCAGCAGCCAGCAUUGAAUGGCUACCAUCCACUGGGCGAGUUCGUUCACGUUGCCACGAAAUUUACCAGGAACCACAACAGUUUCGUUGAACGUUCCAAGAAUGAGGUUAAGCCGGCACAGGCCAAAGAAGCCAAUAGACAGGAGACGGCAGGGAAGCCGAUUUAUGACGUUAAAGUGGAAUCGAAGUGCAUUGUUGAUGUGGAAAAGAAGUGGCUCGCCAAGGACUACAAGAUCUUUAAGCCGACCGGCGUACACAACUCAAGUGUUCCCCCGGCCAAUCACAAUGACGUCUCAGCACCUGCCUAUGGCGUUUAAAAAGUGUGCGCAUCAAAACAAUUUGCAAUUCUCUUGCUGCAAUGCAUUAUUCAUAUUUUAUCCAAAACGCCCCAGCCAAAAUUUCUACAGCACACGAAUCACAAAGGUAUUGAACAGAAAACUAUUGUGAUUUAUAAUACUAAUCAUUUUGAAUACCCACACGCAUAAAGCAUUAUUGGAUAACUGAUAAAUAAAACGUUUACUC